AGAGUCAACCACUAUCCUCCAUUGCGAAGUAAAAUGGCGUCCUGAUCCAACGUUUUGAAGAAAGAAACUAUCACAACCGUAUUUUAUUUUUAAGAGUAUUUUGUGUUAGAGAAUGGAAUUACUUUUAGAAAGAUAACUGUGAAUUACUCUAAAAUGUGGCGUUCUUGUUGACCUGCCAAUUCUGGUGGGCUGUAGAAAUGAAUUAUUAUCCAGAACAAAAUCAAUUGGUCACUUUUGAUCCCAUGGAAAAUGUUGAGGUGGUGUUCUUUGGGGAUUUUGAGUCAGCUGAAUGUGAACAGUUUUUUAUAAACAAUGGUGUUCAAAAUGUUGGUGUUGAGUUUCUUUGUGACACUUACAAUGCAACGAAGACAUGGGUCGAAGAAGGGUGUAAGCAUAGCUUUGCAUUGGAACCAAUAGAUGAUGAAGUAAAAACUUCCGUAACUGAAAACAAUGCGCCAAAAUAUGAAACCAAACAACCACACAAGGAUGAUAGUGGUGUAACUGAGAUUGGAAGUUGCAGUCUGAACGGAACUGUAAAUAAUCACCCUCAAGCAUCUGUUGCUGAUUUAAAAAUUGAAGAAACUGCUUUUGUUGCUGAAAAACAUCCAAAGCCUUCAUCAUGGGCAUCAUUAUUUAAAGGAUCAGAUACAUCUGGAAAAAAUCAAACAGGAAAAGGCAAUGAAUCAUGUGUAAUAAUGUCUGAGCAAAUGGAUGCGCAGAGAUCCAAGGCCACUUUUAUGACACCAACUCUGCAUAACGAUUUAUCUUUGAUUGCAAUGGAGAAUGAUGAGCGGGCUCAUCGACUUGCUGGUUUAAUCAAAACGUUAUCACCAAACUAUAAUCGACAUCAUUUGCAGCUGCGUGGGUUAAUUAACCGUAGUAAUUGGUGUUAUAUUAACACAACCUUGCAAGCACUGUUGGGGAUUGCACCAAUAUCACAUUUUUACAAGUCUUUAAAACAGUUUUUGAACAAGAAAGCAAAAUGUACAUCAACACCUUUAACAGAUAGCAUGAUUGCAUUUUUUAACGAAUUUGAACCGAUCAAUCCAAAAAUAUCAUUGAAAAAGCAAACUGAUGAUCUGCGGGCUGGUGCAGCUUUUGAGCCAACCUGUGUGUAUGAUGUUCUGCCUGUCAUGAAAACCUCUUUAUCAGAGAAGGGUCGUCAACAGGAUGCAGAAGAGUUCCUAUCUUUUCUUCUAAAUGGCAUGCACGAUGAACUUAUUGCUCUCCAUAAGAUAAUACAUCCAAAUGAUGGUGUUCUGGUAAAUGGCGAUUCUUCUUUGGCAGACCAUGUGGAAGACAAAGAAGACGACGAGUCUUGGGAACAUGUUGGGCCAAAAAAUAAAUCUUCUACAAUGAGAAAAGCGGUGAUUGAGGAAUCGCUAAUUAAACACAUGUUUGGUGGAGUGAUCAGAUCUUCUGUACAUCAAACAGGGAUGAAAGAAUCAGCAACACUACAACCUUUUUUCACACUUCAACUUGACAUUCAGUCUGAGCAAAUCUGGACAUUGGUUGAUGCCAUACAAUGUUAUUUCACGAAAGAAAACUUGCAAGGAUUCAAUUGUUCAAAGACUAACACAGAGGUUGAAGCCUCGCGCCGCAGUUCAUUGGAAGAACUGCCACUUAUCAUGAUAUUCCAUCUAAAGUACUUUGUUUACGAUUUGAAAGGCGGUUGUCAAAAGAUUUACAAAGCGUUGGACAUUCCGGUCGAUUUAGAAAUACCAAAAGAGGUUUUGUCACCAUCGCAGAAAUCGAAACUAGGUGCUGGGAUGAGAAGUUACAAACUUUAUGCUGUGAUCUACCAUCAUGGAAAAUAUGCAGCCGGUGGACACUAUACUGCCGCUGUGCAUCAUGGGAACCCAUUUGGGUGGGUGCAUUUUGAUGACAACUUAUUAAAGACUACAAGUGUCAACCAGGUGUUAAAACAUCAACAAGGUUCGGUCCCGUAUCUUUUGUUUUAUGAGCGUGUGCAGACGAGGUGAAGCACAAUGAAGGUCCGUAUGGACGAAAUCUAAAUCGAGUAUAGACGAAAUCUAAAUCGAGAUCUGCCGAAGUUUUCCUCCAAAAGCGGUGCUGUUGGCUUGGUCAUAUUCACGAAAUUUUGUACUCGUUGUAGACAGUAAAAGACUGAUUGGUAUGUUAGGCUAGGUAGCUUUCCAAUGUCUUGAUUUUAUUAUUAUACAUAAUACAUGGAAUGCUAGCUUACA